AGGCGAGGCUUCCAGUGUCUGUAGUGACAGCAUGGAUCCAGACAGUGGGGUGGACACACAGCGUGCUCUCAGCCUGCAGUGGAAGAGCUACAAGCUCAUUCAAGACCCAGCCAUCCGCAGGGUCACCCAGAAGAUCUACAGAUAUGAUGGCAUUCACUUCAGUGUUCCUGAUUCAGGGUUUCCUCCUGUGGGGGAAUUACGUGACCCCCGACCACACAGGAUCUGGUCCAGGCACACAGAUUUGUCUCUGCCUGUGCCAAAAUUUAAGUUGGAUGAGUAUUAUGUGGGGCCCAUUCCACUGAAGGAGGUGACUUUUGCCCGGCUGAAUGACAACAUCAAAGAGCCUUUUUUAGCAGAAAUAUGUGGCAAGUUUGGUGAGGUGGAGGAAAUGGAGAUCUUGUUCCACCCAAAGACCCGCAAGCACUUGGGUCUUGCUCGUGUUGUGUUUACCAGCACCAGGGGGGCAAAAGACACAGUCAAACACCUGCACAACACCUCGAUCAUGGGUAACAUCAUCCAUGCCCAGCUUGAUAUCAGAGGCCAGCAGCGGAUGAAGUACUAUGACCUGAUAGUGAACGGGUCCUACACUCCUCAGACAGUACCCACUGGAGGGAAAGCCCUGGCAGAGAGACUGCAGCCUCUGACUGCUGGCCAUCCUGACACGUCUUCUGAUGGUAGACGACGCCUGUCCACAGAUCAAAUGACAGUGUCAGCUGCUUUGCCUCCUCUCAACCACGCCAGCACCACUCCUUGUUCCGUGGACACAGGUUUCAGUGAGCAGCGGCUGGAUACAACACCAUCCUCACUGGGGGGGCCUUACACCCCAGGUUCUUCUGCCUCUUCACAGGGAGGGGGCACACCCUACACCCCUCGCUCUGGGACACCCUUCUCUCAUGAUUCAGGCUACUCUGUGGGAAGGCAUGGUGGUUAUAGCAGUAGUUACCCUGCGCAGGACAUGCUGGCAUCUUCCUCCUGCUCUUCCUCAGUGGUUUCUUCCUCAUCCUCCCUUGGUGGGCACAAGUCGUCUCGUUACCAUGAUGACCAUCUGGCUCCUCCCCCACAGGAGUCUACGAUGUUCCACAGGGGACGUUCAGGUUAUCCCACGCUUUCUGCACCCUUUCGCCUGAAUGAACACCCCUGCUACCCCUCGUAUCCAAAUACAGGGGGGGUCCAUAUGCCACCACACCAGCCUUUGCCACCCCCAGUCCCUCAGUACGAACCUCCCCCUAUUUCCGACAGAGAGCGAGACAGAGACAGAGAGAGGGGUUCCAGAGACAGAGAACGGGAACGAGACAGAGACUCAGGGGGGCGUUAUGGAGGUGGGAUUAGCUCAAGACGUUCCUCAUAUCACCAUCAGCUAGACACAACCUCCUCAAAAUCCUCCUACCAUUCCCACCAUUCACACCACUCCCAUCAUACAGAGCGGCGAGAGGACCGGGAGGGCCGGCCGUACCGGCGAGAUAGUUCUGGUUCCCGCUCUGGAGAUCACGGAAGACACCGUAACCACCACCACUCUCACAACCAUCAUUGGGCUGGAGGGAAUAGGCGCCAGAGCAGCCGAGAUCGAGACUGGGAGCGGGACAGGGACGGAGACAACUGCAAUAGUUCAGACCCUCGUUACAGCGGCCAUUCCAGCACCAGCCAUCGGUCCUCUAACAGUCUCUCCCCACCUCCAGCGUCAUCCUCGUAUACCGUCUACCCUUCUUCCAAAGACCUCUCUGCUCACGAGAACAGCUCCUCCCGACUUGAACCAUCCACUGUGUUCCGCUCACAGCAGGGCAGGACUGGCACAGUGGAGAGGACAGGCGGGGGAGCAGAUAAUAAUUACAGGGCACAAUCGCACCAUGUGCCUCUGCCACCUCCCCCACCUCCCCCUCCUCCCCUUCCUCCAGCUUCAGUCAUCGCCGCCGCUGUGGCUGAGACGCUGGAUGUGCUGGACUUUAGGCAUGAGAGCCCAGUACCAGAGGAGCAGUGGACCAAACCCAAACGCCGUCCCAGCACACCUCCCCAGCCCCCUCGCACCCCUCUUCCUCCAUCCUCACCUCCUCCCGCCAUCCCCUCAUCCUCCACCUCUCCGUCCUCCACCUCCCUACCUCACCACCUCCCCUCUUCUUCUCCCUCUCCGCUGCUCACACAGCGGGACUCCUCCCCAGAGCCUGACUCAACCAAUGAGAGUUUGCCAUUCACACACCACAGCAGCAGUCUGGACUCGCGCAUAGAAAUGUUACUGAAGGAGCAGAAGGCCAAGUUCUCUUUCCUGACUUCAGAUGAUGAAGAAGAUGAGAGGAAGGAAGAGGAGAAGAAAAGAAGAGAUAUACUGGAACCAGAAGGAGGAGGAGUCAUAGAAGAAAGCAGGUCUGCUAAACAGAGAGAGGAAAAUGGGGAGAGGGACAGACAUCGGAAAAGAGGGGAGAUGGACGGAGGCCAGCUCCGAAGGAGAGAAAGGGAAAGAGAGAGAGAAGGCAGACGCAGCAGGGGUAAAAAGCAGGGAGGAGGGAGUGGGAGGAAGAGCCCCACAGAGAAUAUGGUUCCUGAGCUCUCGUCUUCCUCUACUCCACUACUCCAAGGCCUGGUUACCAGUUCUCCACAAGCUGUGACCCCGGUCUGUGGGUCAGGGCACCUCCAGGAGGACCCAUCCCUUUCUGCACCUGCUGAUUCGCACGUGAAAGUAGGUGCCCACACACCGCCAGCAUACAAUGGAGAGGCACAGCCACUUUCUCAUUCUUCCGGUGAGGACAUGGAGAUUUCGGAUGAAGAAGAUGAAAGCACCAUCUCUGGGGCAACACCACAUCGCAGUGCUGUUUCUUCCUUAUCUCCAACUCCAACCUCUCAGUCUGCCCUCCCCACCCAGACUGCAGACACUUCUAGCAGCUCUCCACCACCUAUGACUGACACUGCCCAGCAUUUCAGCACUACCCUGCCUCCUCCACCUAUACCUUCUUACCCUCCCCACCUGCCCCCACCACCCCUGCCUGGCUUCUCUUUGCAACCACCCCCACCUCCAGGUAUCCCUCCUCCACCACCCCACAUGGAGCUUCACCCAGAGUACCCCCCUCCCCUUCCCCACCACAUGUGUGACUACACCAGCUCCAUGGAGUUGAUGACCCAGUACAGUGGCGGAGCGCCAAUGUCCUUCCAAAUGCAGACGCAGAUGCUCAGCCGCCUGCACCAGCUGCGUAUGUCCUCCACCAAUGAGAGCAGCGAGCCCCCGCCCUCCUACCAUCUCCACUCUAUGCCCCCCCCCCACGCUCUGCCGCCCCAUCCAGCCCAGUCAUACAUGGACCAGGAUGGCUCAGGCAGCAGCCACUAUGACCAGGACCAUCGGUAUAUACCUGCCCACAUACCUUACGCCUACCCAGACCCCCACGCCGCUCAGCUCCCCCCCCCUCACCAUCAUGGCAUCCCACCCCCUCACUCCCCCUGGGCACCACAUGUCCUCCCACAACACUACCCCUCCCAUUACCCCCCACCGCCGUUUGGGACGUUGUCUGCUGAUGGAGCCCAGUUUGGGGCAGCAGGCCAGCCAAUGGGCAUGCUAGGACAGAACCCCCAUGAAACCACAGUGCAGCAAGUGUUGGCUGCCUUAAUCCAGGAGAUGAAGAGCAUCAUGCAAAGAGACUUGACCCGCAAGAUGGUGGAGAACAUCGCUUUUGGCACAUUUGACGAGUGGUGGGAACGUAAGGAAAGGAAGGCGAAGCCAUUCCAAAAUGUUGUAAGGGGUGUCUCCACACUGCGGGAGGAGGAGAAAAAGGAAGAGAAGGACAAGAUGAACAGUCGCCCACGGGAGCCACUUAUGUCUCUGGUGGACUGGGCUAAAAGUGGAGGUAUGGAGGGGUUCUCUCUCCGGGGAGCUCUCCGCCUGCCCUCCUUCAAGGUGAAACGGAAGGCACCUCAGGAGUUUGAUGAAGGAGACGAACCGAAACGUCAGAGACCCUCUGCUCGACCUGAUGAAGAAGAUGAUGAUGCAUUUCAGGUCAAAGCGGCUGACAGGACUGGAGCCAGGGCUGAGGGAGAGGACCUUGGUCCGGACAGGGACUCGGUCAGGAGGGGGAAGAGAACGAAGGCCCGUAAAGCUUAUGACCUGGACAGUGAAGGAGAGGAGACGUCUGAUGAAUCCUCCUCGGACAAGGAUGAUGAAGAUGACGACAGUGAAAAAGAGGAUGAAUCAGAGAAUGAAGCCCUUAGUGUAGACAGCGAUGAUGAAAGCCUUUCCUCAUCUUCAGAAAGCACUUCUUCCUCCUCCUGCUCUUCCUCAUCCUCAGAUGAAGAUGAUGAAGAGGAAAUUCAGCGACCAGGGGAAAGUGAGGAGUUGGACACCAUGGAUGAGUCCACAAUGGAUAGUGUGGCAGUGGAUACAGAAAAAGAGGAAGAUGGGGAGAAAUCUUCUGCUCCAAAUGUGGAUGUUUCCUCCCGUGUGCACCAAGUCAAAGCAGUCAAAGCCAAACAAGAGAAUGUGGAGAGAAUCUGUUUGGGAGAUCAGCGGCCUCCCCCAGCAGCCCCUCGCCCAACUUCCCCUGUCCUCCUCCUGCCACCUCUGAAGAAACGUCGAAAAACUGUCUCCUUCUCCAUGGAGGGGAGUGAUGCCAAACCAUCUUUCCAAGCUCCCACUGUCUCUGAUGUCCAUAUAUCUCCUACUGAGAGUUCUCCUCAAUCACUUCUCUUCUCCCCUGCCAAGGGGCAGCCUCCAGACCUCCUUACUCUCACCUCACCAAACAUGUCCACAAGCACAACCCCACCCACAUCCACUAAACCCGUCCCUAUGCUCCUCCCAUUUGCUUCACGUCCAGGGGAGGGUACCACACCUUCUCCCUCCCCGUCCCUCUCCACUGUUCUCACAGUUCCCCCACCUGUGCGCACCCUAUGCCUCGACGAUCCCAAAAAGAGCCACAGUCCACCUACUAGUCAGCAGAUGCCUCCUACCAAAUCUCCUCUGCGUCGUGUGGUUGGGAAGGAUUCACCAAAAGUCCCCAUGACACCUGUCUGCCGCACAGUCCAGAACCUUCCCUUGGAUCAUGCUUCCCUGGUCCGAGUUGCAUUUGAGGAUCCCACCCCUUUUCCUGCAGCACGUCCCCGCGGACGCCCACGGACCGCCAGCCUGCCUGCGUCUGCUCCUACCCAAGCUGUGCUGCAUGAGGAGGACGAAGAUGAUAAGGAGCAGGAAAAACAGGGGCAGAGGCUAGGACUCAGGGAGCAGCUGGGUGUGUCCAGUUUGCUGCAGCUUGCCUCAGCACCUACACCUGACCUGCGAGUGUUGGCGGACGUGGCUCUGAAGAUGGACCCUGAAGCACAGGAUUCUGAGGAAACAGAGACCUCCGACGAAGCAGAGGAGCUGCGGCUGGAGGAGGAAGAAGGUGACAUGUUCUCACCCCAUCCCCGCGAUGUGCUUAUAAAUCCCGAGGGAACAUUUGUCCUGCAGGAGCACAAUUACUGCAAACCUCCUGCCCUAGUGGCUCCGGUGCCUCCCAUGUCCGGCCACAAAAGGACAGCAGCCCAAAAACAGGACCCCACCCUCUUGUUGCCCGCUGACUUGAACCACCACGGUGUGCUUGAGGCGCCAGAGGAGGUGAUAGGAGACCUUCAGAUGGCUGGUGAAGUGUAUGGAGGCCUGUCUGGGAUGGGCCUACUGUGUGAGGCAAGAGACACAGCAGAGACCAAGGUCUCAGCCCAGGGUACCCCAAAAAGAAGAAAGGGAUUGGUCAGCAGGGACCUUCAGCUGGAGGAGGAAGCAAAAGAGAACAAGAAGAGGAGGAAGAAAGACAAAGAAAAUAUGGAGCUUCAUCCAAUGAAGAAACAAAAAGACAAGCAGAUCAAGAAACAGAGGAAGAAGAAGUUAGAGGAGCUGGAUCUGGAGGAGGAUGUGGACGUUGAAGAGCUGGAGCCUGGCGAACUCUCAGACUCUCAGUCAGAUUCUGGUGACUCUGAUUAUGCUCUGGAUGACCAUCUGGACAUGGAGCAGGAUGAAGUGAGAAAGAGUGAGCGGCUCUUCCUCCAGGAGGCUGGGAUGAUCCCUUCCUCCCAGAGCAAGGCUGCGAAGCAGGCGGCAGCAGAGCUUGGGCGUGUGUUUGAGCAGCGCAGCGAGUUUGAGCAGAUGACCAUCCUGUACGACAUCUGGAACAGCGGCCUGGACCUGGAGGACAUGAGACUGCUGAAGAGCACGUAUGAGAAGCUGCUGCAGGAUGACCGUGGCACUGACUGGCUCAAUGACACACACUGGGUCCCACACACAAUCACCAACAUCCCAAACCCACGACGGAAGAGGAAGACCGCGGAUGGACAGCUGCGGGAACAUGUUACCGGCUGUGCCCGCAGCGAAGGCUACUACGCCAUUAGUCGAAAGGAGAAGGACGUUUACCUUGACCUUGACCUUCCUGAAGCUGUGCAGGAAGCAGUGGACUACGACAUUGCAGGCUCCAACCGUUUGCUGUCAGAGAGGCGAUCUGAGCAGAGACGUCUGCUCAGUGCCAUUGGGACUCAGGCAGUUAUGGACUCUGAUCUGCUGAAACUGAAUCAGCUCAAGUUCCGGAAGAAGAAGCUGCGGUUUGGACGAAGUCGCAUCCAUGAGUGGGGUUUAUUCGCAAUGGAGCCUAUUGCUGCAGAUGAGAUGGUCAUAGAGUAUGUUGGCCAGAACAUUCGACAGAUGGUUGCUGACAAUCGAGAGAAACGCUAUGCCCAGGAAGGCAUCGGGAGCAGCUAUCUGUUUCGUGUUGACCACGAUACCAUCAUUGACGCUACCAAGUGUGGAAACCUGGCACGCUUCAUCAACCACUGCUGCACUCCUAACUGCUACGCCAAGGUCAUCACCAUCGAGUCCCAAAAGAAAAUUGUCAUCUAUUCAAAGCAGCCAAUUGGUGUGAAUGAAGAAAUAACUUACGACUACAAGUUCCCCAUAGAAGAGAACAAAAUACCCUGUUUGUGUGGCACAGAGAACUGCCGUGGAACACUCAACUAAAGAGCUGAACGGGCAGGUUUCAUUCCAGCCCUGUCUCCCUCCCUCACUGCAUGCCCCUCCGUACCUCCCUGACUGCGUGCCCCUCCCUAACGCCAAAACUUCCUCACAUCCUCACUCUGACUUUGCCGUUUCUGCUGAGCAUCUGCAGGGUAAAAACAGGCAUAAAAGUCCAGUUCAUGCAGUCAGGCAUGUGCACGGUCACUCCUGCUUUUAACACAUGAACACAUGGGAAAAGCCACACAUGUCACUCUGACAGUUGUUGAGGGGACACACCAUUAACCAGAGGACAGAAUGUGUCCAUGGGGAGUUGGAGAGGCUUUAACUACUUGGUCAUAUUGAUCUCGAUCCUGCCUCCAUGUCCAUUCGGUCCCACCCAACAGCCCAGCCCAGUUCAAACAUUUUCUCCUUCCAGAUGGAGCCAGUGCUUCUCUGUGGUGUUACUGGGUGUCUUAUGUCAGGCCAGAGCUGUCUGACUGGCUGCCUGAGCUGUGUGACUGGCUGCCUGAGCAGCAGGGUGUGCAUUCAGAGUAAUAUCCAUCUUGUACAUUUUGCUAAAGCAUAGAGGAACAGUAUUUCAGAUCACACUCAGUCCAUUUCACACCAAACAAAAGAAUCCCCGGUAAGCCACCAUUCCUCGCAGGUGCAUUAAAGCCUCCAUGUUUAAAAGUGCUACAAAACUCAAGGUAUGCUGGGUUUCGCAUAGGAGGAAGAUGGCUUUCAGAUUCCACCUCUGGCUAAAGUAUUGUGCAUGAAUGCCAUUUUUAAAUUGAGAGCUGUCGACAUCUCCAUGUGAGGUAUUCUUGGCCAUGCCCAGACCCAUGGGAGCAUUGCACAGUCCUUAUAACUGUUGUGUGAACCCACCCUCCCCCUUCCCCUUUUAACAGCCUGUGUUUUGACAAAGAGAGCAGUCGACCACCAACCCACCCACUAGAUGCCCAAUGAUUUUAGCAUUUUUAUGUUAGGUUUAUAAGGUUGGAGUGUUCCAGAGAAUAAAGUUGAUGUAGUGUUUUCUUUUACUGUAUUAAUAUUUGCUCUGAAAUCAUUUAAAUUUAGAAAUGAUACACGAGAAUAUCUUUGCCUAAGUGUUUUGGCACAGUAUCAGAAGACAUAACCAUUGUUUAAACUUAUUGCAGACUGACGAGGAUUGAAUGGAGUUCAUUCUCCUCUGGUAAAUAUACACUUCCACAGUUACUUUUAGUAGCACAUUAACUCUUCAAAAGACAUUUUAUGAAGUCUUUAAGUCCAGUUUAUAUAUAAAACAUGAUUAAGUUUGAGAUCCCCUUUUGCAUUGGUGGAAAAGUCUGGGCAGGCAGGUUUCCCACCCCCACUAAUGCUGAGCAGGAGCAUCUUGUGUGAGUGACAGGACUCAUCCAGGCCAAGUUACAGGAUUCAUCCAGACCAAGAGACUGUUCAGGUUGAUGUCUUUAGUGUGGUCACAUGAACAGGAGGGAGAUAUAUAUCCUUCUUGUCUGUAAGUAGUCAGUUCUCAGCUCAGGCAGUGUUGCGUAGUGUGUGUCAGAUAGCUGAUUUCCUCAUUAUAGUUUUUCUUUUUGAAACGUUUUAACUUGUCAAAAGACUCUAUUAGCAUUUGGAUCCUGUUGGGAGGAAUCUCUGUAAUAUGUGUAUAGUUCCUGCAGAUGUCUCUCAGUACACACUGACUUUCAGAAGCAUAAUGAUAAAAAGAAAAAACAAACAAAUGAAAAGAAAUGCGUGUAAAUAUUGUAGAGGUGUUUGUUUCUUGUAGAAACACACGUUCCAUUCUGUAAAUACGUUCUUCUUAUGUCCUACUUUCCAACCACAAGAAAAAAAAUGUACAUACAUACCAUUCAAUUACCUUGUUUUUAUUUUUUCCUUCCAAUUUGAUGUAUUAUUUUAAUAUUAUUUUCAAUAUUUCUCUUGUAUUAAUACGUUGGACCCUUAUUAAUGGUGCA